AUGGUCAGACUGUCUAAUUUUUCAACAUGUGUAUCACCAGGUGUGGAGAAACUGGUCCACCAUCUGCAUAAACACAAAAUCCCCAUUGCAGUGGCAACCAGCUCAGCAAGUGUGACGUAUAAGUUGAAAACAAGCCAACACAAAGACUUCUUCUGUCUGUUUGACCACAUUGUUCUGGGUGAUGAUCCUGAGGUGAAGAAUAGCAAACCUCUACCUGACUCCUUCCUGGUCUGUGCCAGCAGGUUCCACCCUCCAGCAUCUCCGGAACAAUGUUUGGUGUUUGAAGACGCUCCUAAUGGUGUGAAGGCAGCUUUGGCUGCGGGGAUGCAGGUGGUGAUGAUUCCUGACGACAACCUGGACCCCGGCCUUACCCAGGAGGCCACGAUGCGACUUAGGAGCAUGGACGAAUUUGUGCCGCAGCUCUUUGGCCUGCCGGCUUUCAACUGACACAAAAACCAAACCUAAAACCACACUGUGUAAUUCAGUCUUUAUGAUAGAGUGAUGUUAAAGUUUGUUUUCCUGCAUGUCACCGUGUUGUGAAUAUUUGUUUUUCUGUCAGAUGAGGCAUCACAUCAUUGGAAAAAUCUUUAAAGCUUUUUCAUUACACCUUUUAAAAAGC